GGAGCCACUUUCAGCCCCACUAAUGACUGAAAGAGCCAAUUUCAUAGCAAAAACAAGCUCCGAGGAAGGAAUGGGUUAAUCUGCUCUGUCCAGGUUACAUGGAAAGACUCUGCCUCCAGGGCUUUGUUACUUUUUAAACAGAUCGCACAAAACUUUCUUUCUUUGGCUGUCAUCGGAGGCUUCAUGCUGUGAGUUUACCAACUAACAUGAUCAAUUUGCUCACAAGAAAUAUUCUGGACUCCACAGUUUUGUAUCUACUGCUCAGUCUUUGCCUCUGUGCCAAAGGGUGGACACAUGGAGACAAGUGCCCGAGCUCCAAGUGGAACGUCAUGUGUCGCCCCUGCUGUGAGUACCAGCUGAUCCAGUGCCGCUGCCCCUCAGAGGGCUCCAGAGUGGGCUACACCGUUCCCUGCUGCCGGAACGCUCUGGAUGAGUGUGACCCCUGCAUCUAUCACCCAGGCUGCAGUCUGUUUGAGAAUUGUAAAACGUGCCACAACGGUACGUGGAAAGCCAAUGACGACUUCUUUGUGAAUGGAAAGUUUUGCACUGAGUGUCGACAAGGCUGGAGUGGAGGAGACUGCAGGACAUGUGGAGGUGUCAUUCAGCGAGCUCAGGGUCACAUAGCCCUGGAGGGUUACCCAACAAAUGCCCGCUGUGAAUGGACAGUGCGAGCGGGAAGAGAAAGCACCAUCGAGCUCAGGUUUUCACUGCUCAGUCUGGAGGCUGACCACAGCUGCCGUCACGACUAUGUCGAGGUGCGAGACGGCGACGACUCGAGCUCCCCUGUGAUUGGUCGAUUUUGUGGGGAUCGGCCACCUCCUCCCAUCAGAAGUUCCGGAAGCGUCUUGCACAUUCUCUUCUCUUCGGACGGCUACAAUAACUUUGAUGGAUUUGUUGUCACAUUUCAGGAGAGUUCAGUUUCUACCUUGAAGACCACAGCCUGUGCGCUCCCAGAAAGACCAACAAAUGGCUAUUUGGAGCCCGUAUAUGGACCAGAGAAGGAGCUGGUGUUUGUAAACUAUCAGUGCCUUCCACCUUUCAUACUGACCGGCGUCCAGCAGAGGAGCUGUCUGCCUAAUGGCACAUGGAGCGGCACAAUCCCCUCAUGUGUGAAAGUCCAAACAAGCCCUGUCCGGUGUGCUCCUCCACCUAAACUGCUGCAUGGCUUCCACACGUCUGCAUGGGACACAGCUGGAAACAGAGAGACGAUCAAGUUUUUCUGUAAGAACUCCUACAUUUUGAGCGGAAGCCACCAGAGCACCUGCCUUGCUAGCGGCUCUUGGAGUAGCAGGCCACCCGAGUGUGUAAGAGCUUGCAGAGAACCCAAAGUGUCUGAACUUGUGCGACAAAGUGUUGUGAAGCCACAUCUUCUGGGAAGAUACACCGCCCUUCCUCGAGGCUUUCACCCAGUCCACACCAGCAUCGAGUACAGGUGCGCCUUGCCUCUCUACCGCCACACGGGAAACUCUCGCCGUACCUGUCUGAAGACCGGCCGGUGGAGUGGCCGGCAUGUUUCCUGCUCGCCGGCGUGCGGCCAAAUGGACCCUUUGAGAAGACGCGACCUUCCAGACGCUCAGUGGCCGUGGCAUGUGACCAUCUAUAUCCGCUCAGCUCCUGAUCACACCGUGAGCUCCCGCAGAGCCCAGCGGAGGAGCGCUUUGGGCCAGCAGGGGGCCUCAGAGGAGUCGUCAUUCUGGCACCUGGUCUGCAGCGGGGCCCUGGUGGCUCAGCGCAGGGUCCUGGUGGCCGCCCGCUGCGUGGUGGGCCCGGACGGCCAGAGGCCCCUCCACCCCGCGCACGUGAAGGUCGUCCCAGGCACGCAGUACCAGACAUCCAGGAAUUACCACCUCAGGGUUUCAGACGUUAUAAUCCAUCCGCGUUUUUACUCGGCGGCAGACUCAGAUGUCGCUGUGCUCAAACUGAAAGACAAGGCCAAGAUCAGCCAACGCGUGCUGCCAGUGUGUCUGCCCAAAGUGCAGGGAGGGGAGGUGACGGCGCAGGAGGCGUUCACCGCCAGGUGGACUUCACCGGGUGAUCACAGGCACCUGAGCCACUACGCUGCACUGAGCGAGACCAGAGCCGUCCAGCUGACCGACGUCGCUCAGUGCGAGAGAGAAUUUGCUCGAAGUGGAGCGCGGACCAGAGAGAUCGGUGACACUGCGCUGUGUGUCCUGAGCGAGCCGGCCAGUCCUCCGGGCCUCUGUCCCGCUGUUCUUCCAGGGAUCACAGUCCUGCCACCUCGGAUUCUCUCCUCGGGGAGACGCUCGCCGGGUCACGAGGAGACUCGGGAAGACUCGGGCGCCGGCUGGCAGCUGCUCGCCUUGGAGAGUUCCGUCGACACGAACAACUGCCAGCAGAGUCACUCGGUUCAGACCAAAAUUGGAAACUUUCUUGACUGGAUUGAAGAAAAUAUGAAGUAGAUGGAGAGAGCGCUCACAUUCCUCGGGAUUUCAGAAAAAAGUUUGGUGAAAUGAACUUGUUCAGGAUUACCAUUGCAACAACACACCAUCAGUCUCCUGCUAAUCCUAACAGAAAGUACAAGUUCUGCAAUGCACUCAAGUAAAAAUGACUUUCUUAAAGCACCUUAUAAGAACCACCAGUGUAAUAUCAGUCAAUAAUGCAAUACCUGCCAAUACUGUUCUAAUUUUAGUCAUUUCAGUUGUGAAAAAGCCAAUAAUGAAUUAAUUUGCCAAUAACGUAAAAGGAUGUUUGAGCCAUCAUCGUAAUAACAUUAUGCCAAUAAUCUAAUGGGAUAUUUCAUAGAUGUAGUCUGUGUUGCCAAUUUUGUGAAAAUGUAUAAAUAGGGCUGCGUUUCUUGAAAAUAAAAGCCUUCUCUGCAGGUUUUGUGCAGUUUGCUUAUUAAAAGUAGGUCUUGAACAUUCAUGUAAUGCAGCUCUGUCAAUUGUGUCUCUAUAUUUUUUACAGAACUGUCGGUUCUUACGUUAUUGGCUGAUACACACCUUGAAGCAUUUUGUGGUUGUGUGUUGGGAAAACUUACAAUCAGCCGCUUUCAUCUUUUCACUCUUAACUCUCAAUCGUUAAAACAAGCAUUGAGCCAGUUUGGAGAAAGAGAAAGUACACAUGUUUUAGCUAGAAUAUAGUACUUGGCACCUCAGUAACAGGGAAUACAGACUUCACUUGAACUGUGCGUUUUACCAAGCCCGCUUCUUUCUACAGCUUUACACA